UCUGGUGACAUGAAUCACUGGCAUUGUCUAUAGGGGACAGAAAUGUAUUUAAAUAUAGCUUAUUGUGUCCCUUUGUUUGGAGAUAGGAUCUUUUGAAAGGUUCUAAAUGGAGCAGCAACUUUUAAAUAACACGUUCAGUUUCAUUCUUCAAAUUGCAAAAUUUGAUAUUCCUACUCAAGCCAUUUACACAGUAUUUAUCAUUGGAGCACUAAUCUAUUUUUUUGCUGUGUUCUGUAAUGUAACAAUUUUAGCAUUGAUUAUUACACAGAAAAGCCUCCAUAAACCUAUGUUUUACAUUUUGUUCAGUCUGCCUUUGGCAGAUUUAAUGGGAAUUACAUGUGCUCUGCCAAGAGUUCUUCUGGAUAUUGUAACACAAACAAAUAUGGUCUAUUACCCAACAUGUGUCCUGCAAGGUUUUUUGCUUCAUUCAUAUGGAGGUAGUGUACUUUUUAUCCUAGCAGCCAUGUCAUUUGAUCGAUAUAUAGCAAUAUGCAAGCCACUCAGAUAUAACUCCAUUAUGGGUCCAUACACAGUUGGUGGUUUGAUAGCACUGAUUUGGGGACUAGAUAUUUCUAUGAUGGUUGUGCUGUUUGCUCUUCAUGCAAGAUUUUCGAAAUGUAAGUCAUUUAUUUUUAAUGUGUAUUGUAGCAAUAAUACUCUGUUACAGCUCUCAUGUGGUGGUGAUCUUACUGUGAAUAAUGUUUAUGGAUUAGCAACAGUAGCAAUUGCACAGGCCAUUAGUGUAUCUGUUCAGUUAUUCUCUUACAUUCAUAUACUUAAAGCCUGUAUUUUCAACACACAUACAGACGCAAGAAAUAAGGCUGUUAACACAUGUUUAGGACAGAUUAUUGUAUUUUUAAUGUAUGAAAUAGUUUCUAUAUUUACUGUACUUUCAUAUCGCUUUCAGAAUAUACCACUCAAUGCACAACAAGUGUGUGGUUUGCUGAUUUUUACUAUACUUCCUAUUUUUAAUCCAAUUGUAUAUGGAAUGAAAACAAGAGACAUUAGAAAAUCAUUUAUCCUAGUGUUAAAAAAAUGA